CUCUCUCUCUCUUUAUCUCUCAUGUAAUAUCACUGUUGUGAUGUUGGCCAUGGAAGAGAUUCUGUGCGAAGUGCAUGCAGAGGAUACAAAUGAACAAGGUUUGCCUCCUGGUUUUAGGUUUCAUCCAACAGAUGAGGAGCUUAUAACAUUCUAUCUAGCUUCAAAGGUCUUCAAUGGGAGCUUUUGUGGUGUAGAGAUAGCAGAGGUAGAUCUUAACAGAUGUGAGCCCUGGGAGCUUCCAGAUGUGGCUAAGAUGGGGGAAAGGGAAUGGUACUUCUUCAGCCUUAGAGACAGAAAGUACCCAACUGGGUUGAGAACUAACAGAGCAACUGAGGCUGGUUAUUGGAAGGCUACAGGCAAAGACAAGGAGGUUUACAGUGCUUCCACUGGAGCCCUUCUGGGUAUGAAGAAAACUCUUGUUUUCUACAAGGGCAGAGCUCCCCGGGGUGAAAAGACCAAGUGGGUCAUGCACGAAUAUCGCCUCGAUGGUGACUUCUCUUGUCGUCACACUUCUAAGGAAGAAUGGGUGAUUUGCAGAAUAUUUAACAAAACAGGACAGAAGAAGAACCCAUUUCUUCAGGCUCACAGAUACCUUUUAGAAGCUGCUGCUGCUGCUGCUGCUGCUUCUACUUCAUCUCACUCAACUGCAUUGCCUCAGCUGGUAGAAUAUCAAUCUCAAUCCCAAAUGAAAAUUCUCCAAAACCCAUGUGAAGUUAGUAACCUCAAACACUUAAAAAACCCAAUUGGGUCUUAUCCACAACUUUUAGCCAUGAAUGGCAUGGAGUCAUCUUUUUCACCCACCACCACCACCACCACCACCAUAAACUCUAUCAACAACAACAACCCAUCACAUCCAGAGUCAAAUAUCAUCAAAUCACUGAUCUCACACUCACAUCAACAAGAGUGGACAGUGAAGGAAACUACUGUUCCCAAACAGUGCAAAACAGAGUCUUACCAUUCCCAUUUUCAACCACUGAGUACUGGUCCCAACUUUCACUCUGGGCAAGGGUGGUGGGAUGGUGGUAAGAUUCAUCAAGUUGAAGGGAAGUUGAGUAGUUCAUCAACCUCAUCAUCUUGUCAAAACCAAAACCCUCUGUUUUUGGAGAUGAUGGGGAGUGGGGUUUUGGGGUUCACAGAAACUGUUCAUGAGAUGUCUACUUCAUCAGUUGCUUUCAACAGGGCUAGCUUUCAGAUGAUGCUAGAUCAUUAGAUGUCAUUG